CACAUUGGGAAUUAAAGGGGAAACUCCAAGCACUUUCGUUUCUUCUGAGCCUCGUCGGGGGGCGAAAGCGAAAUGAAAGCGAAACAAACAGCCAUGGAAGGGGCGCAGGAGGACGGAGGGGAGACCCAGGCCUGCAAGAACUGCGGCCGUGGGGUCUCGGCCCCCAACCUGGCCCUGCACGAGGCCCACUGCCUGCGCUUCCUGUCCGUGUGCCCCGAGUGCGAGGAGACCGUGGCCCUGAGGGACCUGGAGGGACACGUGGCCGCCGCCCACCGCCAGGUCCGGUGCCCGCUCUGCCAUCAGGCCAUGCAGCAGUUCCGGAUGGAGCAACACCAGGCGGAGGAGUGUCCGGAGCGGCCGUCCACCUGCGGCUACUGUGACCUGGGUCUGCCCUUUGGCCGCCUGGCCGACCACCGGGAUGUCUGUGGGAGCCGGACCGAGCGCUGCUGGGACUGCGGUCAGUACGUCCUGCUGCGGGACCGAGAGGGACACGGGCCACACUGCCACGGCCGGGGCCACACCACACAAGCCAAGACCGUCCUCUGCCCUCAGGGCCAGCGCCGGGUCCCCCAGGAAGAACACCUCCAGCACCUGGACCAGUGCUGCCCACUCCCGGGGCUCCUGGGGGGGCUCAGCACCAGGGAGGCGGCGGUGGCCGUCCGGCCCAAGAAGAGGUCCCAGGACCCCCCCGGGCGGCUGGGCCGGCCUUCCUUCAAGCCCCCCAAGGGGGGCAGGAGGGCCCUGGGACCCCUCGACCCCGAGGCCGGAGAGAGCGAGGACGCCUACGACCGCCUGGACAGCUGCUCCCGCUGCAACAUCCUCCUCCCCGGACCCACGCUCAGGAAGCACCAGAGGAAAUGUCAGGGACAAGUGCUGCGGAGAAGUCCCCGCUUCCUGGGCAAAGAAGAGAUGCCGAACCCCGCGGAAGAGAAGAGCUUGCAGUGAAACACACACACACACACGUGUACACAACUAUUCAGCCCGACCGUUGGUGCCUCGUGUCCUGAUGGAGAAUAAAAGGAGUACCGUUUGCACCCGA